CUGAAUGCUCCCAUUGCUAUUCACACGUAUAUUUGAUCAACAAACUAGUGUGUGUGUGUUUACUCGCAUACAUAAUUGUUUUUCAAGAAAUAGUAAAACAUAUAAAAGUCAAGAGUAAAAUAAUGAAAAAAUUCUUAUACGUUUCUUAAUGUUGAAGAAUAUUUAAUAGACUUUAUAAAUAUAUGCUAUUGUUAGUCAUAUUUAUCCCUGGAGAACACUAAUAGUCAAUGUACCGUGAGAAUUAAAUAUCAAAUUCAAGAUGCCUUGUGAAAUGAUAACGUUGCAACUUGGCCAGUGUGGCAAUCAAAUUGGAUUUGAGUUUUGGAAGAAAUUAUGCGCAGAACAUGGUAUCAGUGCAGAAGGUAUUUUAGAAGAUUAUGCGACGGAAGGAACUGACAGAAAAGAUGUAUUUUUUUACCAAUCAGAUGAUGAACAUUAUAUACCAAGGGCAGUAUUAUUAGAUUUAGAGCCUAGAGUAAUACAUACGAUUAUGAAUUCUCCAUAUUCAAAGUUAUACAAUCCAGAAAAUAUUUAUUUAUCAAAACACGGAGGUGGUGCUGGGAAUAACUGGGCAUCUGGUUAUCAUCAAGGAGAGAAACUUCAAGAAGAAAUUUUUGAUAUUUUGGAUAGAGAGGCUGAUGGAAGUGAUAGUCUAGAGGGAUUUGUUCUAUGCCAUUCUAUAGCAGGUGGUACAGGUUCGGGUAUGGGUUCUUUUAUGCUGGAAUCUCUUGCAGACAGAUAUCCAAAAAAAUUAAUUGAAACAUAUAGUGUUUUCCCAAACCAAGAUGAAAUAAGUGAUGUAGUGGUACAGCCAUAUAAUUCUUUAUUAACGCUGAAAAGAUUGACACAAUGUGCCGAUUGUGUUGUUGUUUUAGACAAUACUGCACUUAACAGAAUAGCAUUGGAUAGACUUCAUAUUCAAAAUCCCAGUUUUACACAAAUCAAUCAACUUGUAUCCACGAUAAUGUCUGUUAGCACUACUACACUUCGAUAUCCUUCUUACAUGAAUAAUGAUUUAGUUGGUUUAAUUGCUCCGUUAAUUCCAACACCACGUUUACAUUUUCUCAUGACGGGUUACACUCCACUUACUACAGAUCAGGAAGGUGCCUCUGUGAGGAAAACUUCUGUAUUAGACGUAAUGAGGCGUUUACUGCAACCAAAAAACAUGAUGGUUUCUACAGCAUUAGAUAGAAACGCAUUUCACUGUUAUAUAUCUAUUUUAAAUAUCAUUCAGGGUGAAGUAGACCCAACACAAGUUCAUAAGUCAUUACAAAGGAUUAGGGAACGAAAACUCGCACAAUUUAUACCGUGGGGUCCUGCUAGUAUACAAGUAGCUCUUUCGAGAAAAUCCCCGUACAUACAAAGUACACAUCGAGUAUCUGGCUUAAUGUUAGCUAAUCAUACAAACAUAUCAUCGUUAUUUGAUCGUGCCUUACAACAAUAUGAUAAACUGCGAAAGAGGGAAGCAUUCUUGGAACAGUUUCGUAAAGAGAAAAUGUUUGAAGAAAAUUUGGAUGAGUUGGACAAUUCUCGAGAAGUCGUUGAAUAUUUAGUAAAAGAAUAUCAAGCAGCUACACGAGUCGAUUAUUUGUCUUGGAAUCCUAACAAAGCAGAAACAUAAAGUAGUCCAAAUUCUAAAUAAGAUUAUAAUGUAUACAAGUAGGAGUUCAGAAUCUGAUCAUUAUUCACUAGUUUUGCAAUGCUUUCGCCAUUAUUACAGAUUUUUAUUUUGAAAAGAAUUGAAGUUGUAUCACUCAAAUCAACUUUUAACAAACUAAGUGUUACGGUGAAUCAA